CUCCUCCCUCUCGGCGUACCUCGCCGGAGCAAUCGCCAGUGCCCUUCGUUUCUUUAGGAAGUAGGCAUUGCGAAAGUGCACUGGCUGUUGGUGAGCCGUUCCAGGAGGAGGGUAGAUUACAUAUAUUUCUCUGUUUCUUGGAACAGAGGAGACCAUGAUCACGGUGGCGGCACUGGAGGCGCAGCCGCAGGCGGCGGCCGUGGCAGCGGAGGCCGUGGAGGAGGCGCCGGAGGUGACGAUCUUCCGGUCCAAGCUGCCGGACAUCGACAUCCCCAACCACCUGCCCCUGCACGAGUACUGCUUCGCCAGGGCCGCCGAGCUCCCCGACGCGCCAUGCCUCAUCGCGGCGGCCACGGGGAGGACGUACACGUUCGCGGAGACGCACCUGCUGUGCCGCAAGGCCGCCGCCGCGCUGCACCGCCUCGGCGUGGGCCACGGCGACCGCGUCAUGGUGCUGCUCCAGAACUGCGUGGAGUUCGCCGUGGCGUUCUUCGCCGCGUCGUUCCUCGGCGCGGUCACCACCGCCGCCAACCCGUUCUGCAGGCCGCAGGAGAUCCACAAGCAGUUCAAGGCCUCCGGCGCCAAGGCCAUCCUCACGCAGUCCGUCUACGUGGAGAAGCUCCGGCACGAGGCCUUCCCAAGGAUCGACGCCGCCAGCGGCGACGACACGCUCACCGUGAUCACCAUCGACGAUAACGAGGAACACCACACCCCGGAAGGCUGCCUGCCGUUCUGGGGCCUGAUCGCGCAAGCUGACGGGGACUCCAUCCCGGAGGUGUCCAUCUCGCCCGACGACCCCGUGGCGCUGCCGUUCUCGUCGGGCACGACGGGCCUGCCCAAGGGGGUGGUGCUGACGCACAGGAGCCUCGUGUCGAGCGUGGCGCAGCAGGUGGACGGCGAGAACCCGAACCUGCACAUGGGGGAGGGCGACGUGGCGCUGUGCGUGCUGCCGCUGUUCCACAUCUUCUCGCUCAACUCCGUGCUGCUGUGCGCGGUGCGCACCGGCGCGGCGGUGAUGCUGAUGCCCAGGUUCGAGAUGGGCGCGAUGCUGGAGGGCAUCGAGCGGUGGCGCGUGACCGUCGCGGCCGUCGUGCCGCCGCUGGUGCUCGCGCUCGCCAAGAACCCGGUCGUGGAGCGCCACGACCUCAGCUCCAUCCGCAUCGUGCUCUCCGGCGCCGCGCCGCUCGGCAAGGACCUCGAGGACGCCCUCCGCGCCCGCGUGCCCCAAGCAAUCUUCGGACAGGGAUACGGGAUGACGGAGGCGGGGCCGGUGCUGUCGAUGUGCCCGGCGUUCGCCAGGGAGCCGACGCCGGCGAAGACCGGGUCGUGCGGGACGGUGGUGCGCAACGCGGAGCUCAAGGUGGUCGACCCCGACACGGGCUUCUCCCUCGGCCGCAACCUCCCCGGCGAGAUCUGCAUCCGCGGCCCGCAGAUCAUGAAAGGUUACCUGAACGAUCCCGACGCGACCGCCGCGACGAUCGACGUCGAAGGAUGGCUGCACACCGGCGACAUCGGCUACGUCGAUGACGACGACGAGGUCUUCAUCGUCGACCGUGUCAAGGAGCUCAUCAAAUUCAAGGGGUUCCAGGUUCCGCCGGCCGAGCUGGAGUCGCUGCUGAUCGCUCACCCAUCCAUCGCCGACGCCGCCGUCGUCCCGCAAAAGGACGACGUCGCCGGCGAGGUCCCCGUCGCCUUCGUGGUCCGCGCCGCCGACUCCGACAUCACCGAGGAGUCCAUCAAGGAAUUCAUAUCCAAGCAGGUGGUGUUCUACAAGAGGCUACACAAGGUGCACUUCACCCAUGCGAUCCCCAAGUCGGUGUCCGGCAAGAUACUGAGGAAAGAACUGAGAGCCAAGCUCGCGGGCGUACUGAACUGCUGAGAUGAUUGAGAAUGGUGGCUAUAUAUGCGUUCUGCUCGACCUUUAAAAAAUGUUGGCUUUUGCUAGCCAAAGUAUACUGAUGAAAAACCUGGAAGCUUUUCGGUGCAUUUGAUCAAUGUACAAUAUAGUUUUUUACGUGUUAUUGCUCCCAGUUAAGGUAAUAUCAUGUAUUGGGUUCAUGUCUUCAUGAUUACAUUUAUCAAUGUUGGUUCAUCAUGAUCUCAUCAUCUGUC